AUGAAUGGAACACCGAGAAUGCGUUCUGGCUUUCCGCCCACACCUGGCAGUGGCCAAAGGAAUCUACCAGGGCGAGUAACAUCCCCAUUGAGGGAACUCCCAACCGCUUCACCUACUGCGACAGAAUCUGAUGCGCCAUUGAUACCGGUCGAACUCGUCGAUGCCCCUAGUCAGCGCAUGUAUGUUACAGGAUUAUAUGGCUUGCUACUUGUAUGGCGUUUAUAUGAUUGGUGGCAGUUGAUAGAGGACGAAUCCGAGUCCUUCCCAUUAUUCAUGAAAUGGGUAAUGCUGGACGCACUAUUUCUUUACUGGGUGCCAAAGCUUCGAAUACCUUGGUUAGAGUGGUCACAAUGGACGUCUCAUGUAGUUUUUGGGCUACAUGCCAUCUUUGAUUUCGUGCUGAUGUUUAGAAUUGGGCUUCCUCUCCAAGGAUGGGUCCUUCUACUCAUGAAAACAUUUUUCGACAGCGAAAUCUCCAUUUCAGAGAAUAGUGUUCGACCUGCCACCAUUUUACACAACUCAUCUUUGAUUAUGGGUAGACAAAUUAUCAAUAUAUUGCCAGAAGGAUCUGCAACACUGAACCCGGACGGUCUUCCAUUCUGUUUAGACAGUAGUCGCCCUGCUGUCAAGCUCCCGAUGCAUUUCAACCAGACCAAGCCUGUACACAUUGAACUACUGCGGUUCGACUUUGACACAAAUACAAACGAAACGAUUGAGUUAAAGAAAAGGGAUAUGAAGAACUUUCGAAAGAUGGAGGAUGAGCCAAGCCUUUAUACGCUUGACUAUACUGUGAAGAAACCGGGCUUAUACAGACUUCACAAGGUUAUAGAUCAAUCGAAACUCGAAGUACAACGUAGGAUGUCUGACACUCUUGUUGUCAAAUGUCCUAAAGCGAUUAUCAGAUCCACGGCUUCAGAUAAGUGUCUAGGAGAUCUCUCUAACCUCUCCAUCGAACUUGAGGGGACGGCCCCUCUAAAGAUCGUGUAUGGGCGUACUAUCAAUGACAAAGAUCGCAGUUUCCACUUCCAAAGUAAUCAACCGGAGAAUUUUGCUUCGCCGCUUUUAGGUGCAACUAGGCCUAGCACGUUACUCACCCCAGGCAACCAAGAUGUUUCAUGGGGGCAGGCAAGAAAGGUCGUUAUCCCUUUGAACGAAUCAAUGACCCCUAGCGGAUUGUGGUUAUACUCGAUUAACGAGAUUCACGACGCUACUGGCAAUGUUGCUAAUUUUACGCUUGUUGGUGAAGACGGAGAGCUCAUCUAUCCCAAAAACACACAUAUGGAACAGAGUCUCAUAGUCCACGAGAGGCCCCUUGCAAGGCUCACUGGCUGCGAUUCUAGGAGCCCACUAAUGGUUGCGAAUGGCCAAACAACACAACUCCCCGUCAAAUAUGCAUCACCUGGCCGAAAACCAGAUGAUACCUCUCACACCUUGACAUACAAGUUCUCUCCUCUUGACACCCUGACGGCUGCGGGCGAUCACGGUACCGAGAUGAUUUUCGAGGAAUACUUUGCACGCAAUGCCCAUCAAUCGCCAAACAUUCGCGAGCCAGGUCUUUACACCCUCGUUGGUGUUAAGAGCAAGUUCUGCGACGGUGAAGUCAGGGAGCCUGCCUCUUGCUUACUACUGAAUCCGCCUGAGCCGCAGUUAUCUAUAAGCGCCGAAAACAUCAACGACAAAUGUGCUGGCAACUCUAUCGGCUUGCUUGUUGAUCUUGAUUUGAUAGGUACUCCACCAUUUGUCGUGAGGUACAACAUAAUCACAAAGAGCGGUCUCAAGCUGGAAUCACUGAAAGUACCUGGAUUACGACACCAACUGGAGCUUAAACCUCGUGAUGCGGGCCAUUUCAAAUACCAAUUUCUCUCUGUGGAUGACGCUGUUUACAAGAACCAUAAAUUGAAUAGCAAUGAUCUAGUUCUGGAACAAGAUGUCAAGCCACCGGCUUCAGCGUAUCUUAGACGGCCUGCAGGCGACAUCGACGCGUGCAUCGAGGAGCCCGUCGAGAUGAAUGUUGAGCUUUCUGGCGAACCACCUUUUACAUUGGAAUACGAGAUUGUGCAUGACGGUAGACGUCGAAAGCAAAAGAUCACUGGAAUUGAAAGUGACAUUUAUAAGAUCAAAACUGAUAUUUUGAUUACUGGUGGUGAAUAUUCUCUCGCUCUUGCAAGCGUUCAAGACAAGACAGGCUGCAAGAUAUUCCUCAACAGUGAAGUCAAAUUCAUGGUCAGACACCAAAGACCUCGAGUUGCUUUUGGACACCUGGACGGCAAGCACAAGAUCAUGACUAUCGAGGGCACCAAUAUCCCGCUGCCUUUGCGUUUGACUGGUCAACCUCCUUGGAACAUCAAAUAUCGAAAUGUGAAUGAUGAUUCUGGCAAGAUUUUGGAGAAAACGGCUAUGUCGACCAAUGAUGCCGUUAAGGUUGAUGCUCGUGGUACAUACGAGUUGCUUGAUGUGGCUGACAAUCAGUGUCCUGGAACCGUCGAUCUCAAGGCAUCCUUGUUUGAGGUUGAUUGGCUCCCAAGACCAAAGAUUAAACUUGCUGAUAAUUCAGCUCUAGUAUUGGAUGGCGAGAAGUACGUUAAGCAUGAAGUAUGCGAAGGUGAUAUAGAUGCAGUGGAUGUCAAUAUCAUUGGUUCUCCCCCUUACCACAUCAAAUACCAAAUUCGUCAUAAACCAGAACACGGCUCGGCAUCUAUUAGUAACAAAGAGUUCGAUGCAGGCCUUGGACUUUCGACUGUUGCCAUGAACACAAUAAAGCCGGGAACUUACGAGUAUAAGUUCUCCGAGCUUUCUGAUAAUCUCUAUGACCAUGACCCAAAGAAAUUUUCGCCGCUUAUCAUCGAACAAAAGGUCAACAGGAAGCCAGCGGCACAUUUUAUAAAACCAGGACAAUCGUACAAGUAUUGUAAGGAAGAGCUCGCCGGAGAUGAAGUCAUCCCUAUUGGAUUAGAAGGCAUCGCUCCCUUUUCACUUGAGAUUGACAUCAAGCACCAGAGCAGCACAAGACCUGAAACGGUCAAAAUUGCCAAUAUCGAUUCCAACAAUUAUGACUUCCGAAUACCUCAUCGAGUUCUGUCGCUAGGCAUACAUCAAGUCAGUGUACGAAAAAUUCGCGAUUCCAGAGGAUGCCAGCAAAAGACAGAACAUGGAGCUCCUCAUGUACAAGUACAAGUUUACGAUGUUCCUACUAUCUAUCCAUUGGACUCUCGCACAGACUACUGCGUUGGAGAACGAAUUGCGUACACAUUAUCGGGUGCAGCGCCAUUCGAAAUUUACUACACGUUUGAGAACGUACAAAGGAAAGCAAAAUCACCCAAUACUAGUUUCAGGCGUAUUGCCGAGAAGCCAGGUGAUUUCACUAUCACGGCUAUCUCGGAUAAGGCCAGCGAGUGUAAAGCAAAGACUGAAAUCACAAAGAUCAUACAUGAAAUGCCCAGUGUCAAGAUCAGUAAAGGAAGGCAAGUGGAAGUUGAUAUUCAUGAGGGUGGACAAGCUGAACUUCUAUUCGAAUUCUGGGGUGUGCCACCUUUUGAAUUUACAUACACGAGAAGUACGAAUGCAAAGAAGGGCCAAAAGUCUCAUGUGUUGGAGACUAGACAUGAGAUCUCGUAUGAACACAGCAAGACAAUACAGUCUUCGCAAGAGGGAACUUAUGAAGUGGUAGCCAUCAAGGAUCAAUUUUGCUCUUUCUCUACACAGAAAGCGGAUGGAAAGAGUGGGCAAAAGUUGCUUCAAUACUAA